AUGAGAACUUGGCACGGCAUGAUGGCACCGGAGCAGUCGAGCUUCUACAAGAAGGUGAAGCAGACCAAACGCGCCGAGUGGUUGUAUUCGGCCAUGUCAACGAUACAUGGCAAGGAAGUCUUGCAGGAAUUCACAUACCCGCAAGGAUACAAGCAAACAGUAGGCGUGACAAUAUCAAAACCCCUAGAAUCCCUCCACGGGGCAGUACUGCAAUUUGCCAAGGAUAAGGCUUGA